AUGAGGAGCGCGAGGACGCUGCGGGAGCUCGUCUCCAGACGGAGUCUACAUCACCACCAUCAUCACGCGCGCUCUGCGGGGAUCAUCGGAGCACCUUUCUGCAAGGGGCAGCCUCGAGACGGAGUGGAGAGAGGUCCGGACCUGAUCCGAGCCGCGGGACUGCUGCAGAGACUGCACGAGCAAGGCUGUGCAGUGAAGGAUUAUGGGAACCUGGCGUUUGAGGAGGUGGUGGACGAUGAGCCGGUGGGCGUGUUGAAGCGUGUGCGGGCGGUGGGCAGCGCCAACCGGAGUCUGUCGGAGGCGGUGCAGGCCGCGAAGAAGGACGGACACACCUCAGUGAUGCUGGGAGGAGACCACAGCCUGGCGAUCGGCUCCAUUCACGGCCACUCGGCGGCGGUCGGGGAGUUGAGUGUUGUUUGGGUCGACGCCCACGCAGACAUCAACACGCCGCUGACCACGUACACCGGAAACAUCCACGGACAGCCCAUGUCUUACCUCCUCCGCGAGCUGCGCUCAAAGAUUCCCGCCCUGCCAAACUUCUCGUGGAUCAAACCGUGCGUGUCGGCCAAAGAUCUGGUCUACAUCGGUCUGAGAGACGUGGAUCCAGCAGAGCAUUACAUCCUGAAGCUUCUGGGUAUAAAAGUGUUUUCCAUGUCAGAGGUGGAUCAGCUCGGCGUCGCCAAAGUCAUGGAGGAGACCUGCGACUACCUCUCUUCAAAAGUGAAGAAACCGAUUCACCUGAGUUACGACAUCGAUGCCAUUGACCCCUCUGUUACCCCGGCGACCGGGACGCCUGUAGUCGGAGGGCUCACCUACAGGGAAGGGAUCUACAUCGCUGAACACAUGUGUCAGACAGGUCUUCUGUCGGCGGUGGACCUGGUGGAGGUGAAUCCUCUGAGGGGUCAGACCGAAGAGGAUGUCCGCUCCACGGUCAACACAGCGGUGGAUGUGCUGCUCGCCUGUUUCGGGCGCCGCCGUGGGGGAAAUCACUCACCAGAUUACCACCUGCCCGAGCCUUGACAAGGGGACGACGCAGCUUCUCCGACCGCACUGAUGGACACCUGAACACAUCUGAUCACCUGCAGAGACUUAUGGGACAGCCAGAUUUUAACUUAAAGACCUCAGGGCUCCUGAUUUCAGCAGCGUGCACGCUCCUGUUUACCAAACCUUUAAACCAGGAGGUUAAUUUAAAAAAAAACAAUUCCCAAAUUAUGAAAUUUAUUGAUUAUUUCACUGAUUAGUCUUUAGACUGAAAGAGUAAGACUCACCUGCUAAGACUGCUUGUUUUGGUACAAAGAUAAUUUGUUAAUGUGAAAUAGAGCAGAAAUUUUUGGUCACUGCAGACUCAUCAAUGAAUUUGAUUCAGCUCCAUCAAAUGUAAAUUCAUUAAAAAAAUAUUGAAGACUGUUUUAUAAUCUGAAAAUGUAAUAAAAUGAU